CAACAUCUGCCUUUCCCGCUGCCCAACCGCCUCCUGCCCAACCUUCUGUCCAACCCAGUGCCCGACCGCCUGCCCAACCCACUGCCCGACCUCCUGGCCAAUCUACUCCCCAACCUCCUGCCCAACCCACUAUCCAACCCCCACCCACUUGCCCUAACGAGAAUCAUAAUUGUACUGGUAUAACACCAUGUUGCGGUCCUUCCGGAUUUUGUGGUGGAGAGUCCAUUGAUUGUGGUGCCGGAUGUUAUCAACAAUUCAGUGAUACCGGUGCUUGUUUGCCUUUUAUUAUGUCUGCAACUUUCGAAAUUAUUUCAGACACCAAGCACGUUAAAAAUUUG